GGCACGACUGUGCUCCGCGAGCUGGAGCUGACCUUCUUCUUUGACUCCGGGAGCUGGAACGCCGUCGACCGGCCUGAGCGGGCGCUGGUGCAAGCGCUGUCCGUCAACAAGGGCAUACGCCGGCUCUUCAUUGGGGGCCUCUGCUUCGACGAGACCGAAACCGGGAUGCUGGCCGACAUGCUCCAGCACAGCCGGACGCUCUGUGACCUGUCCUUCUACCCGGACGACUACAAGUCGGCCGUCCUGCUGGUGCGCAAGCUGUCGCCCAGCUUCUCCACAAACUACACGCUCCUCAGCAUGCGCCUGAGCAAGCGGCGCGAGCUUGGCGCCGACUGGUUCACCGUCGCGGAUGUGGUGCGGCGCAACUUCUCGCUGGUGACGCGCGCGGCCCACUUUGUCGCAGGGACGAGGCACAAGUACUGCGCGGCAGCCGCCGAGCAGGUGCACUUCAACCCCGGACUGGUGACGAAAGUGCAGGAGCUUGCAUCCGUCGACGAGGGCGAGGCCGCGUUGCGGAUCAAGAACAGUCUCAAGAGCUUUUCCGAGCUGGAUGAGUUCAUGCGCAUGGCAGGGGUGGUGAAGGAAAGCGUGGCUUGCCACAGGCGUGAUGAUGGUCAGACGCAGUUGGUCGACCUCGGUCGGGACUGCUGGUUGUGCAUACGGCAGUACCUCAAGGUGGGCGACAUCCUGGAUCCGCAGUAGGCGUGGCUUUUGUUCAUGUGCCGUAGAUAAGUGGAGUGGGUUCGAAGUUGCGUGCCGUCGAGCUGUGCCGCUUUUUGCGCACCAGCACU